UAUUUUGAAAGUAUAUAACGUUAUAAAACGGUGUUUAUAAGACUUUAUGACGACAUCGGGGCAUAGUACGCAACUAUCUAACGUUGUUGGAUCCCGUUAUCGGGUUAAAAAGAAGAUUGGUGAAGGAUCGUUUGGUGUUAUUUUUGAGGGGUUAGAUAUGUUUAAUAACCAGCAAGUAGCGAUUAAAUUUGAGCCUAGAAAGAGUGAUGCGCCUCAAUUACGUGAUGAAUAUAGAACAUAUAAAUUAUUAGUCGGAAGCCUUGGUAUACCUCAUGUAUAUUAUUUUGGCCAAGAAGGAUUGCAUAAUAUUUUAGUUAUUGAUUUGUUAGGACCAAGUUUAGAAGAUCUUUUCGACUGGUGCGGAAGACGUUUUACUACCAAAACGGUUGUUAUGCUUGCUAAACAAAUGUUGACGCGUGUUCAAACCAUUCAUGAAAAAAAUUUUAUUUAUCGUGAUAUUAAACCAGACAAUUUUCUUAUUGGAAGGCCGGGUACCUGCAAUUCUAAUUUAAUCCAUAUUGUUGACUUUGGUAUGGCGAAACAAUAUCGGGAUCCCAGAACGAAACAACAUAUUCCAUAUAGAGAACGCAAGAGCCUUUCUGGCACUGCAAGGUAUAUGAGCAUAAAUACUCAUCUUGGUAGAGAGCAAUCUCGAAGAGAUGAUUUAGAGGCAUUGGGUCAUGUAUUUAUGUAUUUUCUUCGAGGAGGACUUCCUUGGCAAGGACUAAAAGCAAUGACGAAUAAACAAAAAUAUGAGAAAAUUGGAGAGAAAAAACAAACUACUUUGGUUGAAGAGUUAUGCGAAGGAUUUCCUGAUGAAUUUUCUCAAUACAUUUUAUAUGUCCGUAAUCUCGGAUUUGAAGAUACACCUGAUUAUGAUUAUCUUCGUGGCCUUUUUACCAAUGUAAUUAGGAAGAUUGGUGAAACAGAGGAUGGAGAAUACGACUGGAUGCUUCUUAAUGAUGGAAAAGGAUGGGAAGCCAGUUUUAAACAUGUAUCAUCGAAUAAUCAGCAUUUGGUUGUUUCCAAUAUUGCGCAUAAAUCGACUUCGGUUACCGAUUUAAGACAUUUAUCAUCAUCUAGAACGGGACAACAUGUCUCAUCUAAUCGGUUAAACCCAUCCCAGUGUAUUCCUCCAUCGCCUAUACCGGUUCAUAACGGAUUAAAGCCAUGUAAAGAAAGGUUAAACAAUAUUAAAAAUAGUUCAGAACAUAUGAAAGAAACAUCUAAUACCAGUCCUCGGGUUCAUCAAGAAUCUCAACAACAAUCACGAUUAUCUCAAAUCUAUGCCACAACCCCUCCUAAAAAAUCAAAGAGAAGUUGGAGAUUUACCAAUUGUUGCGGGUAGUGCGGUUAAAACUUUAUUUUUAGGCAAGUUGAAACAACAUGAAGU